CACCACCACCGUCCUUGGGAACUUGUUUCUCAUUAUAGUUUAUGGGUUUCUCAUGUACACCGCCGCUACGUUCUUGUCCAACGGUAGCGAACUCUUGCUUGAGAUCUUGGGUCCCGGCAUUGUUGGAGGGUUGUUUCUUCCUAUCCUUGGUGCUCUCCCUGAUGCCAUGCUCAUUCUCGUGUCUGGGCUUUCUGGAAGUGCAGAAGUUGCUCAAAAUCAGGUAGCUGUUGGAAUGGGACUGCUAGCUGGAUCAACAGUGCUGCUUCUUACUAUAAUAUGGAGGACUUGUGUGAUUGUAGGCAAGUGUGACAUUGAGGAUUCAAUUGCACUAGAUUCAACAAACACCAGAGGAUUCAGUCUAACUGGUUCUGGUAUUAGUACGGAUAUUUGGACAAGUUAUGCUGCAAGGAUUAUGGUUAUAUCUGUCAUUCCAUUCGUGAUUGUUCAACUACCACAAAUGCUCAAUUCAACUUCUGGAAAGCACUUGGCUGUUUUGAUUGGUUUUGUUAUUUCCGUCUGCUUAUUGAUAUCGUAUUGCCUUUACCAAAUUUUCCAACCCUGGAUACAAAAACGAAAAUUGGAAUAUAUCAAACAUAAGCAUGUUAUUUUGGGGCUUCUGAGACAUUUGAAGAUGCGUUCAUUGGGAAAGCUUCUGAAAGAUAAUGGCGAACCCGAUACAGACAUAAUUAGAAAGUUAUUUGCAACAAUUGAUGAAAAUAAAGAUGGACAUCUUACUCAUGGCGAAAUGACAGCACUGGUUGUUGGAAUUCAGUUCGAGGAGAUUGACUUGGACCAUGACGACGCAGUAACAAGAAUAAUGGUGGAUUUUGAUACUUCUCGUAAUCAACUUAUUGAUGAAGCAGAGGUUUCCUUCACCAAAUGCUUUCGUAUCCACACUAUGCACACUCUUGCCAAACAACAUGAUUACCAGACCUGCAUCAAAACAACAGUCAGCAGUCAGGUUGCAGUGAAAACAAACCAACCUCCAAGGGUGCAUACUAGCUGA